CUUAAAUUUCACGCAGAAACACAUAUUGAUGGUUUGAGGAGUCCAUCCAUUUCAUAAAUACAUGAUUGACGAGCUAAUUUGCAUAAACUUCAAUUAUUAUCGAAAUACACUAUGCAUACCAUUGUUCAGAGAUACAAUUCCGGUAUCUUGAUCUUGAUAACAUGUUGUAGGAUGGCCCUCGUGUCUUUCUAAUUAUAGCUUGUGAAAUCUUGUGGGCAAGAUAAGAGACCAAAUGGAACAUAUACAUAAGAUGAUGCUGUUUAUGGAAUUUUAUUCAUAGUAUGCAUAUUUUACACAUAAGACAUUCUUUCAUCUCCCUUCCUUCCAAACAAAGAAAAACGAUUUACUCCCUGACCCCCAAUCCUAUUCAGAGCGUGUCUAGGUUGUGAGACUGACCCUCAAUUGGUACCCUGAUGCAAUACCUGCAUGCAGUUGGUAUAUUUGAAGUGUUUCCUUAUCUUGCAACUUUGAUGGCUUCUUUGGUAAGACGAAGUGUCUGUACAACACUAAACAAUAUUAAAGAAUAAAAGGAUGCUAAAAUUUUGUCGGUAGUGUCCAAUCUAAUCAAAUAUUGCAUAUGUGAGAAAGAGAACAAAUAAACAAAUUGAAAGGGAUGAGUAGAUAGGUGGCACAGCCUAUCAAAUUACUUAUCAUCUUGCCUAGCUGCUAGUCGCUGUGGUAAAGCUCAGAUAAUAACUUCAAUUGAUUUUGGACAACCCUUACUUUACAACCACUGGGGAUCUACUUGAUAUUUUGUCAUUCCAUCAAAAGAAGCAGGGUCCUUAGUAUAAAUAUCAUUAAUAUGCUCACUCGCAGAACGCGAACUAUGAGACUAUCUUAAUUAGAUAGCUAAGAAAAACAGAGAAGGAAACUCCAUUAUUCACCCAUAACUAAACGAAUUCUGAGGGUUGAGAGAGGUGUUUAAUCUUGUUUCUAUGCUACCAAAGUUUCACUCCCAAAGAAAAUUGAAAAAUUAGGGGGUUAAAUGGGGCAGGAAAAACUCGUACAUGUAGACCGGCAAUGAGAAAUAUAUUUGUUAUUUGUAAAAUUCUCAAAGCAAUUAAAUCUUUCAGGUAUAAGGAAAGACGUUGGGAUCUCAAGCAACUUGUUGGAUCUGGCGGUAUGCCGUCGUCCCAUUCAGCCACAGUAGUUUCUCUUGCUGUGGCUGUUGGUUUGCAGGAGGGCUUUGGAGGAUCACUAUUUGCAUUGGCGUUUAUCUUGGCAUGUGUGGUGAUGUAUGAUGCAACAGGCGUAAGAUUACAUGCUGGAAGACAAGCAGAGGUUUUAAAUCAAAUUGUAUGUGAACUUCCAGCUGAACAUCCUCUGGCUGAGAGCAGACCACUGCGCGAACUUCUUGGUCACACACCUACUCAGGUAGGUGCUGGUGUUCUGCUGGGACUUAUUACAGCAACAAUUGUCCAUUUGAUCACUGGCUCUGGCAUUCGAGCUUGAUUGUUGCAUUUUUCCAUUUAUAUUACAGAACUUCAGGAUACAGAUCUAUUGUCAUGUCAUUUCGAUUCCCCUAUUGAAGAUGGUGUUCUGUUGAAUUGAAGUUGCAUCUAUGAAGAGAAGGAUAAAUUACAUCUAUUGAUUGUAGUUUGAUGAAUUGUGAAUAUUAAGGUUUGUUUUAAGGGAGGGAGAAGUCCUAGAACUUGCCUCCUACAAGUGACUAAUAAGUGUAAUAUACAUGAAUAGCAGUACAUUACCAGUUUAAUCAUCAUCUGUGGAUCAGAUCUCAAGAUAUGUCUGUUAGUUUGAUUGAUGAAAGCAUUGACAGUAGUUGCCUUUAAA